AUAUUCGAUCCGGCUUCUUAGCGACGCUCACUCAUUCUCACCAUGAAGAUCCUGUCACUGUUCCUGGUCGUGAUGGUGACCUUGUCUGGCCUCAUCAGCUGGGCCAGCGCCAUGCCUGACCCCGACCCAGAGGCUGACCCAGCUACCUUCGGCAGGUUUCAUGGCGGAGGAGGUGGUCAUGGCUUCCACAGGGGGCACGGCCGUGGAUUUGGAAGGGUUCAUGGCCAUGGCUUUGCCAGGGGUCACAGUGGUGGCUUCGGCGCUCGUCACGGCUUCCACGGAUGAGUGAAACGACGCCAGAAAUCUACUUCUGCAAGGAACCCACUUGUGAACUAGAGGAGAUGCAGUUGAUUGCCAUACUGUAAGAUGGAAUUCCUAUUUUCGUUCUAUAAAUAAAAUGCAAAA